UCCACGUUACCAUAGCAAUGGAGAGGAGGAAGUGGGAGAAGAGACUCACACACUUUCAGGUGCGUGCACGUGGAUACCUGGUGAGAAGGGAAGUAGGUCGUGCACGUGAAGACUUUGAGGACAUAGUGAAAGAGAUCGAUGGAGAUCUGAAGCACCUGCAGUGGACGAGCACGGUUAUCCCCAUCCCUCACUUCACAGACACUGAUGACCGGUUCCCACGACCUAGCAGCGAUGCCAGCGAGGCUUCAGAUCCAGGACUCAAUGUCGGCACCUGUCCUCCGAGAUCUACAGCAGCACCAUCGCGGGACAGAGAGGAAGCUCAGACUCUCCUUUUGAAGAAGAUAGAAGCUGAGAGAGAUGGGUCAGAGACCAAAGGCCAAGCCCAUCUUUCCAGUGACUGUGACAGAGACGUAGAGGGACCUGGACCGAGGGAGCAGGAGGGAGAUCAACAUGAAGAGGCAGGGGACAGCAUAGGAGACUCCACCACCCUCUGGAGCAGUUUGGAGCUGGAUGAGAACAACAGUCACUGUCACCAGGGUCCCCGGCAGUACUGCUUGGCUCAGGAGGUGCCCCGCACUCCGGAGGCCCUGCGUCUCCAUAGAAACACACUGACCAUGGAGCUGGUGUGGCUUCAACAGGCCAUUGAAAGCAGGAAAAAGUACUUAUCACUGAAGGACAGACUGACCAUAUCCUGACAGCACAAGUCAUCUGUAUGAAGUUAAUAAUAUGGGGCUAUAGGCCGGACAUCUGUCCAUCACCAGAAGUCACUGUGAUAUCAGCAGUUUAAACUGUUAUUACAAUUAUUUAAAGAAAUUAUUUAUAAAAAAGUUUGUCGUGUGUUUGAUUAAACGUGUUUGUUGUUAAUGUAAAUAAAACAAAAUGUCUUUUUCUGAAA